AGUAGUGCAGAGAUUUCCAUGAGAGGCCAGAGUGGUCACCAGAACAGGACAGACAUGGCUGGAUGGGCCGGCUUUUCAGAGGAUGAACUCCGGAGACUCAAACAGCAGCGAGAUUUACCACACAGUCAAAAAAAAGCAAGCUUUCCCUCUGAAGCAUUCUUAAGCCCCCCACAACCCUCUAGCAAGAAAAGUUCCCAGGAGCAGACUCAAGGAAAGAAAAAUCUUCAGUCACAAAGUCAGAAAAUAAAUAUGAAGGAUCAGGGCAAAGGAACAUGUUCAGAUCGUGUGGAGUCCAAACCGAAGAUGGCUCAGAGUGUGGCUUCAAAGUCCAGCUCAACCAAAUUACAGAAACCCCCGGAAACCUCAAAAACUGAGGACAAAAACAACAAAUCUGAGCCACAGCAAUUUAAUUUAGAAGAACCAGAUGAACAGCUAUUAAAACUGGAGAUGGCACUAUCGAAAAAAACUCAGGCAGAAGCUUUGAAACUUAAGAACAUUCAAAGGCAGCUUCAGGCCUUGGAUGAUUUGGUGUCUACAGAUAUUGGCAUAUUACGUUCACGGAUUGAACAAGCAUGCAUAGAAUUUUCCCAUGCCAGAAAACGCUAUGAUCGUGCAGAAUCUGAAUUUGUUGCAGCCAAACUGGACUUGCACAAGAAAACUCAGAUCAAGGAGCAGCUAACAGAACACCUAUGUACAAUCAUACAACAAAACGAGCUACGUAAAGCUAAGCGUCUUGAAGAGCUUAUGCAGCAGCUAGAAAUGGAGACUGAUGAUGAGGCAAUGGAACUAGAGAUCGAAGUAGACCGCAUGUUGCAGUGUCAGGAGGCUGAAGCCAGAAAACUGUCUUUGGCAUCUGCAGCUGAAAAACACCAAAAUUCUUCAAAUAUACAAGAAACAUGCACAGUAGAAAAAGACCAGAAGUCUUCAGAAAUACAGGAAAUCUGUAAUGAUGAAAAAGACAAGACAAGAUGCAAGUCUGAAAUAAAAGAAUCUAACCCAUCCCCUACAGAAAAAGAGCCAACUGCUAUCAGUAAAGACUUGACCCAUUUACCGCAUGAACUUGAAAGUUGA